AUGCACGGCGAGUUUCCGCGGGCGUAUAUAAACGUGGAGCGACGAGCGCGGCGCAGCCAGUAUCGAACCGAUCCUUCGGUCGAGCUGUUGUGAGUGAGAGAGCCUGACUCGCUGACUCGAUAUAUAUCCGUUGCUUUUGCGUCGCGCGUUUGCGACUAGUCUUUUCUCCGAGCGCAACCGAGAACCCAACUCCCGGAGCUAUGUCCGAGGCGCAUUUCGACGAGUACGAGCACUUCAACUACGACUACGACAAGCACAUCUUCACCGGUCACGGCGGCAAGCAGAGGAGCAAACGCGAGGCCGUCACCCACACCAAUCACUUCGAUCCGAGCGGCCAUUCCAGAAAGAUACUCACCAAGCUGAGGAACUCGGAGCACAACAAGCGGCAACAGACGCAACAGACGCAGCAGACGCAGCAGACCGGCAACAAGCCCAAGGCGUAGACUGCGUGCAGGUAAAGAUUGCGCACGUUCCUAUCUUCGCGGCAGGCGUUGUCAAUUGGAUCUCAUCUCGCAGGACCUACCCUCCGCUAGGACGACUGGAAUAAAGAAAUAAAAAAAAAAUAUAUAUAUAUAUACAUACAUAUGUACACGUGUAUCACACAAUCUUUAUUCUCUAAAAGGAUGCAUUUAGUCGUAGGUUCACGCAACGUAAGGUCGGCACGGUAGCUCGUGCCACAUCAUUCUUUUCAUUUAUGUCCGAAGCACGGACGGAUCGUGCUAUUUAUAAGAGUACAAAAUAACAUACGUCGUACUUGGACUACUGCUUACUUCGUCUGAAUCUGGAGUUUGCGCGACACUAUUUUUCGUUUCUUCCUUUUCUUUUUUUUUCUUCCUUUUCGUUUCUUUCUAAUGACGAGAUGAUGUGUAUAUCUCGAUUUCCGCAGUGCGAUCACUUAAAAUGCGUUAAGGAGCGCCGACUGCGUCGACAUUAACGAGUUAUGAUUGACCAUUGGAUAUUUUCUUCUUCACCUCUUUAACAUUUUGUAUCGCUAAAGAGAUGUAUGUAAUUUAGUAAAUGACGAUUAAGUGACUGUCACAAGUCGCUUAUAAGUGAUUAACUAACUGAUAAAAAUGGUUAACGAACUCUUCGUCUGUGCGUUGAGAUACGCAUAAGAGCGGCUUUUUUGUCAUUUGUUCUCAUAAUGAAUAGCAAUUGUGUCGCGACACACGAGAGCGAAACGCAUGUGUAUAAGGCGAACCGAUCGAUCCGCUCGAAUCAACUGUCGGAAGAGAAACGCGACGCGUUUGUUUGAUCAUCGCGACAAUCGACGACUACGUUCAACAACUCCGAGAACACGAUUCUUACGAAUUGUAUUGGAUAAUUCGUCAUUAGAGUAGAGUUGCAAGAUUAAAUCUAAAUUCUCUCUUGCGCACGGAAAUCGCUUGAUAUAUCGUAUAUUGGUGUGAGCAUCGACAACAUUAUAUUAAAGUUAUAUGUAAUGAAAAAUAUCCGAGAAAUAAAAAUACUUCUAGCUAAGGAGAAUGCGCUUUCGUUCGUUCUCCACAAAAGCGUGUAAGUAUUUUGCAGAUAUAUAUCUGUUCCCGGGACAUUGUCGCGCCUUCUCAUUCUGUAUGACGUGUCGUUUUUUAUUUUUAUUUUUGACUCACCUGUGUCGAUAGAACCGGUCAUUAUUCACGCUACUUAUCACACAGUCUCCUUUCGUUCAGUUUUCAUCGUUUUAUUGAGAAAUAAAUUUGCGAUAUUGCGUCGAGGUACUUAUAUAUCAAAACCAACAAUCUUUACAUUCGCUUCACACGCGUACGUAUCUUAACAUACGUAAGUUACUCCAAAUUUGACGCAUAAAUUAUUGCAAAAUAUAUAUAUAAUAGCGUAAAAACGGGAACAUUUUCGCAAAUGACGCGUGAGCCAUGAUGUUUUAUGAUGUAUUUCGAUAUAAAUGUUCCGAGGAUGGAGGAUAAUUACAGCAUACUCAUAUAAAAAAUGUAUGUAGGUAACACUGGGUUUAAAAUAAUAAGUUUAAAAUAAUAAUUAAUAUAUCUUUCUUUUUUCUUUGUACUGUCGAUUCCAUUGGAAUGCAAUAUUAUCCAUUCAAUUUAAAAACAGCGUAUAAUUAAUGAAGUGCAGCCUGAUUACGAUAUACGACGAUAGUUUAACGCAUAAAACAAAAACAUAGGGAUUAGUUGCACUUUCUUUCACUUACACGACUUGUGAGAACAUACGACGUUAUAUGAUGACACCGUUGAAUCAGAAACUUCAUAUGCAUAUCUGAUAAAAGUUACACGAUUUUUGUGCGA